CAAUUGUAGCGCUGACGUGGGGCGGAAAUGAAAAGAGAAGACAGGAAUUUCCUGCCUUUCCUGGAGAAGGAUUAUUAUGAAUCUUUGAGGAUUAUUGAUUGAUGACGUCUCCCUGAGGAUGAUGUCUGUGAAGCAUCCCCACACCUCAAGAUGAGAACCUCCAGAUUGCUCCUCUAAUUUUGUCCAUCCCACAAGGCGGUGCCGUCCCGUCCGGGUCAGCCAUGAGCCAAUCAUCGGCGCCAUCGUUGUUGGCCAUGCCGCCGGUUCUUCUCGUCCUCCUCGUGAGCGUCUUCUCCGGCGCCGGCGGCCUUCCUCAGCCGCUGCCCCGAGUCUUCCUCUCAUUUGACGAGCUGGAGAGCGCCGCCUUGUCGGAGCACUACACGCUCUCAGACGGGCCCAUGGACUACCGCAUCCUGCACGUGGACGAGGACCAGGACCGGAUGUACGUUGGAUGCAAGGACCACGUGCUCUCCAUGGACAUCAACAACAUCACACACGCCGUGCAAAAGGUGUUUUGGCCCGCGUCGACAAGCAAGAUUGACGAAUGCCAAAUGGCUGGAAAAGACCCCACGCACGGCUGCGGCAACUUCAUCCGAGUGGUGCAGCCGUACAACCGAACGCACCUCUUCAUGUGCGGCAGCGGCGCCUACAGUCCCGUCUGCGUCUACGUCAACAGGGGGCGCCGGCCGGAGGAGCAAAUAUUUCACAUUGACUCCAGGUCCGAGUCGGGAAAAGGGAGGUGCUCCUUCAACCCGGAGGUCAACACAGUUUCCAUCAUGCUCAAUCAGGAGCUCUUCUCUGGCAUGUACAUCGACUUCAUGGGCACGGACGCGGCCAUCUUCCGCAGCCUGACCAAGAGGAACGCCGUGCGCACAGACCAGCACAAUUCCAAGUGGCUUAGCGAGCCCAUCUUCGUGGACGCCCACCUGAUCCCGGACGGCUCGGACCCCAACGACGCCAAACUGUACUUCUUCUUCCGCGAGAGGCUGACGGACAACAGUGGCAACACCAAGAACAUCCACAGCAUGGUGGCGCGCGUCUGUCCAAGCGACAUAGGAGGCCAGCGCAGUUUGGUCAAUAAGUGGACCACCUACCUCAAGGCCAGGAUGGUUUGCUCCGUUCUGGAGGAGGACGGCACGGAGACUCAUUUUGACGAGCUGGAAAGUGUGUUUUUGCUGGAAAGCGAGCAUCCCAAAGGCCUGCUGGUGUUUGGAGUCUUCACGUCCACCAGCUCUGUCUUCAAAGGCUCGGCGGUGUGCGUGUACAACAUGGCCGACAUCCUCACAGUCUUCAACGGGCCCUUUGCGCAUCGAGACGGACCCAAUUUCCAGUGGGUGGCCUUCCAGGGACGAAUCCCGUACCCCAGACCCGGAACGUGCCCCGGAGGAGCUUUCACGCCCGACAUUCACACCACCAAAGAGUUUCCGGACGACGUGGUGAACUUUGUGCGCAACCACCCCAUCAUGUUCAAUCCCAUCUACCCGGUGGGCAGGAGACCCCUGGUGGUCCGCACCGGCGCCGACUACAAGUACACGGCCGUGGCCGUGGACCAGGUGGCCGCCGCCGACGGAAACUACCAUGUCCUCUUCCUGGGAACUGACAAAGGAAGCGUCCAGAAGGUGAUCGCCCUGCCCACCAAUCGCUCCCUGCACAAGGAUCUCAUUCUGGAGGAGCUGCAAGUCUUUAAGAACCAAGCUCUGGUUACCAACUUGAGAAUCUCCUCGAAAAAACAACAACUGUACGCGAGCUCGGAGCUAGGCGUGUCGCAGGUGUCGCUGCACCGCUGCCACGCGUACGGCUCGGCCUGCGCCGACUGCUGCCUGGCUCGAGAUCCGUACUGCGCCUGGGACGGACUCAGCUGCUCGCGCUUCUACCCCAGCGGAAAAAGGAGGAGCAGGAGGCAGGACGUCAUGCACGGAAAUCCGCUCACCCAAUGCCGAGGAUUCAACCUGAAAGCAUAUCGUAACGCGGUGGAGAUGACGCAGUACGGCGUGCGCAACAACACCACUUUCCUGGAGUGCCUGCCCAAGCCGCCUCAGGCGUCCAUCCGCUGGCUCAUUCACAGAGACGACGACAGGAGGAAGGAGGUGAAGCUGAGCGAGCGCGUGCUGUCCACGGAGCACGGCCUGCUCAUCCGCUCGGCCCAGCCGUCCGACCAGGGCCUCUACUACUGCCUGACCACCGAGAACGGCUUCAAGCGCACCGUGGCCAAGAUCCGCCUGCGGGUGCUGAGCGCCGCCGCCACCGGCAGGGCGCUGAACGAAAGGGGGCGUUCAGCGUGGCCCUGGGCGGCGGCGGCGGCGGCGAAGGCGGCGCCGGAGGCCGAGAGUUUGGCCUUGCAGCAGUUCUGCAAGGAGAGGAAGGAGCUGCAGGAGCAGCAGAAGAGUGUUUUGCACCCGCCGCCAGGGCCUCUCAGGGGGGACUUGGCCAAGCUCAAGCCCCUGCUGGAUCGCAGGAAGAGCCGCAACAGGCGCAAUCAGCUCCCGAAGGACUGACGGCAUGACAGACGGACGGCCAGGAGGCGGGCGGGCGGGCGUAGCGUAGCGCCGCUUGGAGCGCCACCAGCGAAACGCAAGAGCAACAAUCAGCGUGGAUCCUUUUUUGCCGUGUGGGGAUUAAAGAGACACACUUGAAGGGAAGAAGAUGGAUGCAUGCUUGACUCAAUGGUGCCAGGUCUGCCUAACAAUCCAGAUGAAAAUUAGCAAAUAUUUAUUUCUGUGACGCAUGCUCAAAGAUUGUCUUGUUCCGACUUGGACACGAGGCGGAGCAGGGGCUCUCAAACUUGAGGUAAACAAAUUUCAACAAAGGCUAGGAAAACAAGUUGAUUUUGGUGAGUGUUUAGAAUCAAUUUUUUUUUUCCCCAGAAAAAAAGUUUUAAGACCGUUGAGAAUAAAGUUGUAUUUUUAAACACCUUUAUUCUCUUAAAAAAGCAGCAGCAGUCUCCAAAAAGUACACUUUUUGAUCUCAAAAGAAAAAAAAAAGACUGAACUCAUGCAUAAUGAUAGGACAUGCUGUCAUAAUUUUUUUUGCAAAGUAUUUUGCAGACCCCCAGGUGGUGAGGGGACCCCAGUUUGAGGUAGCACACUCUUCUCAAUUGUCCAGGUUGUGAAAACGUCAUGGCGAUAAAGACGACAUGAUCUUAUUUAAUGUGAAUACGCGCUUCCUGCGUGUAAAUACGACUGACCGUGUCUGCAAUUUGCAGACUUCAUUUGAAUGUGUCACUUUUUGCAGAUUAUCACAUCAUGUCGACGAGGACGAGGCUUUCCGACAUUGACGUAAGCAAACCUUUGUAUUUAUCUGUGAAACUGAUGGCCUGAAUCUAUAAAGAAAUAAAUGUUUAGCUGAGAUUA